AUGGAGAUGUGGAGGAAGAGGCAGUCUGGCGAAAAUAGAACACAGCUGAAGAGGUCCAAGCAGGGGCUGCCGAAGCAGAUUCUGCCGAAGUUUGAACCUUCCGGGUUGCUAGAAUUGGAAUCGAAUAGUAAGGAGGGAGUUUUACUUAAACAUGUCGAACCGUCAGAUGCUCGAUGUCCGAAGGAUUUCUGGGCCAAGAAUAGGGUUCCGUUGAAAAAUCGACAUAUAUUCCAAGCAGUCCUGUACAGGAAGGGAGAAGAGGUGCCGAUGAGAACAUACGAUUUGGAAUUAAAGAGUAGUUAUAUCAUCGGCCGAGGCGUCGGAAGGAGCUGGGAUGAUAGCGAGGAAAAGGAGGUCGUCGUUGCGGAUAUCGUUAUCCCUGAAGAGACGUGCUCAAAACAACAUUGUGCGAUUCAAUUCCGAGAGGUGAGAGGACGAUUGGCAGCCUAUGUGAUUGAUCUAGAGUCGUCAAAUGGGACAAACUUGAACGGCGUUAGAUUGCCAGCAGCUAGGUACGUGGAGCUGCGAAGUGGUGACAUAAUUAAUCCCAGUGCUGUCGCGGACGAUGAAUCCGACUACGAUAUUGUCUUCGUAAAUGCAAAUUUCCAAUCUAUGUAA